UUUUGAUAAGCAAUAGGGAUCAAGAUUGGCGAGUCUUCAAUAAUAAAAAUGUUAAAUCGAAAAAUAGUCAUCUCGAUAUAUUUCAGCAUUUUAGCGCUGAGUAUAUUAGAAGCUUCACCUACCAGUUCAUCCAAUUUGAAGAGGGGUCGAGAUAGAAAUUUGCUGACAUUUGACGUUGAGGAUGGCCGCAAUAAAAUCAUUAAAUUUGAUAUAAGAUAUAUCGAACAAUCACAGUUUGAAGAUGUAGUGCACAUAUUAGCGCAACAUUCGAAUGAAGAGGCAUUGAGUGCUUCCUAUUUAGCAUCAAGUGGCCUUGAAGCAAUGAAACGGGUAUGGCGCAAUCAACUAUCCGAAAAACUGUCAGUGGCCUGCUUUAAGCGAGGAUCAAAAGAAAUUAUUGGUAUAUUAAUGCUAAAUAAAAAUCAAAAGAAACCAAAUGACCACACACGUAAAUACGAAUUGAUACCUCGAUUCAGUAUAUUUGAACAUCAUCUGAUAAACGAAUAUUUGAGUGGUGAUAGUAUGUACGUUUCCCCACAAUACAGUCGCUAUGGCAUUAAAAAGCAGCUUCUUUUGGCCACUGAACCAGUUUGCCAAGAUAACGGCUUAGAAGUUGCAGCAAGCUACUUCACAUCACCCAGUUUGAAUGAAAUAGCCGAGGAAGCCGGAUUUGAAAUUAUUAGAGACUGCGGACCUGUUAAUCGCGGUGAUCCGAAUAAUAUAAUAUAUUUUAGAUCAAAGAGAUAUUAUUACUAGUUAUUAUUCAUAAUAAAUAUUUAGAUACAAUAAAAUUUAAUUCAAAUUUAUGAAAUACA